UUAACCACAUAAAUACAUACGCCGUCUCAUGGGCGGAAACUGGGAAAUAGAAUUCCAUACAGAAAUUCGAUAAUCUUUGAAGCCUUAGCAAGAAGAAGAGUUAUUAAUCUCAAAUCUAUUAUUCCACUAUUCCAAAUCAAAAUCAUAUUUGAUUUGGAGAUGCAAGCCGUAGUUAUUAGCCCUACAUUUUGCUGCAAGCCCCAUCAAUCCCCAGAACCCUCAUCUUCUCGUCCCAUAACCGUUAAGCCAUCUAACUUCUUUGGCGUCCGCUUCUUGCUCGCGAAAGGGCGUAAUCCUGAGCAGCGCUGCUUAUGGCGUAGGCAAGUUGUAAAGGCUGUUGCAACUCCUGAUCCAGCCUUGGAGUUACCAUUGACAGCGGAGAAUGUAGAGAGUGUGUUGGAUGAAGUUCGACCAUAUCUGAUUGCAGAUGGGGGGAAUGUGGCAUUGCAUGAGAUUGAUGGUAAUGUUGUGCGGUUGAAGCUCCAAGGAGCUUGUGGCUCUUGCCCAAGUUCUGUUGUGACGAUGAAGAUGGGUAUUGAAAAACGUUUAAUGGAAAAGAUACCUGAAAUUGUUGCUGUGGAACCAAUAACUGAUGAAGAGACUGGCCUUGAGCUGAAUGAAGAGAACAUUGAGAUGGUACUUGAAGAGAUUAGGCCCUACCUAGUCGGGGCAGCGGGUGGAUCUCUUGAACUAGUCGCCAUCGAGGAGCCAAUAGUGAAAGUUCGAAUUAUGGGUCCUGCCGCGGGGGUCAUGACGGUGAGGGUGGCUGUAACACAAAAAUUGCGAGAGAAAAUUCAAAGCAUUGCAGCAGUUCAACUUCUGAGUUAAGAUUCAAGGAAAUUUCGAUUCACAGCAGGGGUAAAAAACUAUAUUUAUUAUUACAUUCUGAUUUCGUUCUCCUGAUCAUUCGUAUUAAAAAAUUAAUAAUAAUUUAAUAUUUUAUUUUAA